GUGGUAACGGUCGACAUUGUCAGCGUUUUCACUUUCUUGGCUGGGCGGUCCCAUUCGCCUUUAGCAGUUACAACGAAGACAAGUUGUUACUUCGAUCCGUUAGAUUCUACCGGCGUUUAUAAUCUUCGUUCAUAUAUCUUCAACGAAAAUUAAAAGUGAAUUAAAAAAUGGAUCAAGAUGAUUGGGGUGUACCUAUUAGCUCUUCCACUGCAGAGGACCUAUCCGCUUUUGAAGAAGGAGGACGUAGCUAUGGAAAGGGACGUGGCUUUGUAGCCCAAAAUAAUAACAAUGAUGAUUGGGAUUCUAAAAAUAAAAACUUCAAUGGAAGAAAUAGCAACGAAAACUUUGAUAAUGAAGACAGCAACUGGCAGUCCCAAAAUGAAGGGGAACAUUUUCGAGGGGGUGGUAGAGGAGGCGGUAGAGGUAGAGGAGGUUUCAGAGGAAGAGGCGGAGGUAGAGGAGGAGGCGAAGGUGGUCGUGGAGGUGGACGCGGUGGAUUUAGGAAUAGAAACGAUGAUGAAAAUAGUGGUUAUAAGAAAUAUGAAAAUUAUGAAGAUGCAGAUGAUAAUGAUCACAAUAACAGGGGUAACGGACGGAAAGGUUCACGAGAAGAUGGCAACGACGACAAAGAAGAACCUCAAAAACCAAAAGAAAUAUAUAUUCCACCCGAUUUGACCAAAGAUGAAUCGGUUCUGUUUGGAAACGAAGUCUCAGCGGGCAUUAAUUUUGAUAAAUAUGAUAAUAUUGAAGUUCAAGUUAGCGGAGAAAAUGUACCGUCUCCUAUAGAAAGUUUCCAGGCAGUUGGUCUGAGAAAUAUUGUUCUAGAAAAUAUUACAAAAUCGGGAUAUACGAAACCCACUCCCGUGCAAAAACAUGCUCUACCUAUUAUAAUGAGCGGUCGUGAUUUAAUGGCAUGUGCACAAACAGGCUCAGGGAAAACUGCUGCAUUUGCAGUUCCUAUUAUAAAUACAUUAUUAGAAAAGUCUACUGAUUUAGUUAUAACUGGAUCAUACUGUGAACCACAAGUUGUCAUCGUUUCGCCCACUCGUGAACUCACUAUACAGAUAUAUCAACAAAUUGUUAAAUUUGCAUUGCGUUCAAUUUUAAAAACAGAAGUUGCAUAUGGUGGAACGUCUAUUAAUCAUCAAGGAGAGAAACUUUCUGCGGGUUGUCAUAUACUCGUAGCUACACCUGGCAGACUAUUAGAUUUCCUAGACAGAGGAAGGAUUAGAUUUUCCUCUGUUCGAUUUCUCGUAUUAGAUGAAGCGGAUCGUAUGUUAGAUAUGGGAUUCUUACCCAGCAUCGAAAAAAUCGUCGAUCACGAGUCUAUGGUUCCUCUUGGCGAAAGGCAAACGCUUAUGUUCUCUGCUACUUUCCCGGAUGAGGUGCAAGUGUUGGCAAAAAGAUUUUUACACGAUUAUUUAUUCUUGGCGGUUGGUAUUGUGGGUGGUGCAUGUUCGGACGUGGAACAACGCUUCCAUGAAGUACAGAGGAAUAAAAAGAAGGACAUGCUUAAAGAAGUUUUAGAAAGAGAAAAGGACAACGGCUCCUUGAGUGGUACUUUGGUGUUCGUGGAAAUGAAGAGGAAGGCAGAUUUCAUUGCUGCUUUCCUGUCUGAAAAUAAUUAUCCUACUACCAGUAUUCACGGCGACAGAUUGCAGAGGCAACGAGAAGAAGCGUUAGCCGACUUCAAAAGCGGAAGAAUGUCUAUUUUAGUAGCAACGGCUGUUGCUGCCAGAGGUCUAGACAUCAAAAAUGUAUCUCACGUUAUAAACUACGACUUGCCAAAAGGAAUCGAUGAAUAUGUUCAUCGAAUUGGAAGAACUGGUCGUGUAGGAAAUCGAGGAAGAGCAACAUCAUUUUUCGAUUCAGAGGAUGAUGCACCACUACGAGGCGAUCUUGUCAGAAUAUUGAAACAAGCUGGACAACCUGUGCCGGACUGGUUAACAGGUGGCAAUUCGAGUAGAAGCUUUAUGCCCGGAAGAGGCAAUAGAUUCGGAGGACAAGAUAUCAGAGGAGUUGAAGAAGACGGGGGAGGAGCAGCAUAUGGCGAAGAAUCGUUUGCGACUGCUGCGCCGGUUGAACCAGACGAACAGUGGUAGAAAGCUUUGUUCCUUUAUUAUUAUUUUAUAGCGUUUUACUAGAAAACGAUAAUAAGCUUUAUUUCUUUAUCUACUAAGUCAGCCGUACAGCGUUGAUCGUUCAUUAAAUUUUCAUAUAUUUAACUUUAAUAUAAGAGGUCGUCGAUUUACAAAAGUAUGUCGUUUUUUUUUUAAGUUGAUUUUUUUUUUUGUUUUAUAUGUUUUGAU